GCGAGUGCGGAUCCACAAAGUUUGUCAGCUCCGGGGCGCCGUAGUGGCUUUUACCCCGGCCGGGUGGGCUGGGCUGGGUGGCUUGAGUUGGCUCAGUUUAGGACCUCCUGAUGGCUGCGGUGUUUCUAGUAACGCUGUAUGAGUAUUCGCCGCUUUUCUACAUUGCGGUGGUCUUUACCUGCUUCAUUGUGACCACUGGCCUGGUAUUGGGAUGGUUUGGUUGGGAUGUUCCAGUAAUUUUGAGAAAUUCGGAAGAGACUCAGUUCAACACAAGAGUUUUCAAAAAGCAAAUGAGACAAGUCAAGAAUCCUUUUGGCUUAGAGAUCACUAAUCCAUCUUCAGCUUCAAUUACAACUGGCAUAACUUUGACAACAGAUUGCCUUGAAGAUAGCCUCCUUACAUGCUAUUGGGGGUGCAGUGUUCAAAAAUUAUAUGGAGCUCUACAGAAGCACUUUUAUUGCUUCCGAAUAAGUACUCCCCAAGCACUGGAAGAUGCUCUGUAUAGUGAAUAUCUUUAUCAAGAACAGUAUUUUAUUAAAAAGGACAGCAAAGAAGAAAUAUAUUGCCAGUUACCAAGAGACACUAAAAUUGAAGACUUUGGUACAGUGCCCAGAUCUCGCUAUCCAUUGGUAGCAGUGUUGACGCUAGCUGAUGAGAAUGACCGAGAAAUUUAUGAUAUUAUUUCCAUGGUGUCAGUAAUUCAUAUUCCUGAUAAGACUUAUAAACUUCCCUGUAGAAUAUUAUAUCAAUAUUUACUCCUGGCUCAAGGUCAAUUUCAUGAUCUUAAGCAACUUUUCAUGUCUGCAAAUAGUAACUCCAUGCCCUCCAGCAAUUCAUCUCCAGAAGAAAAAAGCACAGACCGAAAUUUGCUGGAAAAGGCUGGACUGUCUGAAAGUGAAGUGGAGCCUCCUGAGGAGAAUAGCAAGGACUGUGUUGUUUGCCAGAAUGGGACUGUGAACUGGGUGCUUCUGCCGUGUAGACACACAUGCUUGUGUGAUGGCUGUGUUAGGUAUUUUCAGCAGUGCCCUAUGUGCAGGCAAUUUGUUCAGGAAUCUUUUGCACUUUGCAGUCAAAAGGAGCAAGAGAAAGACAAACUGAAAGCUCUUUGAGAGCAUUGUUCCAACUGAAAAGUACACCUUCCACUGAAGAUAUAGAAAUUUGUGUUCUUGGAACGAAUCAUAACAUGGAAUCUACAGUGUUGACCAUCAACAAAAAUUCUAUUUUUAACUUCACAUUUGUAGAGUACAUGGAUGAUGAAAAUUAAUUCCUUCCUGUUCACCAUGAUAAAUACUAGAAUACCAUCUGUGUUGAUACAUAAAAAUUCACUCAACUCUUGAGAAAAAUAUAAAUGUUUGCCCUUUUAUCAGCUAGAGGAUUUCAAAUAAUGUUGAUUAGGAAAAAUUCUGAAAAGCAAUCCAUCUAAAACUUGAGGAGGUUAACGUCUCAAGAUUUCUGGAUGCUCUGCCUUUGACAUAAUCUGGAGUGCAA